GUGAGCAAUGCCGAUACCAUGAUCGACACGAUCUGCAAAAAAAGGGUUCAUGUGACCACUUAAAAGCUUAUUGUUGUUUAAAAAUAAUUCGCCGAGAACUAUGACGUAUGGAUGCCCCUGGGUUCUAUGGCCGACCCAUCAUCACCUACGGUGCUCGGGGUACAUCAGCCUUCCGUUGUCGUACUCUUCACACCAUCCGAGCGGCAAGGUACAGAGAACGUGUUUACUGCCGUCCUUCGCUUUGCAAACUUACAAUUCCUCUUUAUAUUUACGCUGUUGUAUUUGUUAGUACUCUAAAUUUUUUUCUCGCGUUGUUUUACCUUUGUUAUAACAAAGUUCACUGAUCCCGCACAAAAUAGCGUUUUUUCGCUUUCAAAGUUUCAGUUAUUCUACAAACCUUCACAACACUUUGUCUAAUAACCUGUGUUUUACCUUUUGGAAACUGUUUUUCUCUAAUUCUUUAAGAGUUUUUCCGUCGCAAGAUUUACGCGUCUGCUAGGUUGCCCUAACCAUUGGUUAUUUGUUGCUACAGAGAAUAUGAGUAAGAAUUCGCCAAUUUUACCUUCCUGGAACAAGUCCGACGCGUCAAAGCUUUUGAAGGAGCAGCAUGAUUUACUAUCUGUGCCACAGAAUAAAUCGACUUCACACAUACGGCAUAUUUCCUACCCCGGAAAUGCUACUGCUCAAGCUGUUGCUCCACCUAAACAGCGAGUCAUGCGUCGUGUCAAUCCUUUGGGGGGUUAUUUAAGUCCAUUGGAAUGCGCUACCAUUCAUUUGGCUGAGACAUACCGGAUCUGUAAUCCAAAUUUCCAGUUCUCUUCCAACCAAAAUCCUCGUAGACCACUGACAAAACCUAGCGAGGGUGUUUAUAACCACGGUUACGACAACAAAGAUUCAGACUAUAUUCUGUAUGUCAAUGACGUUCUUGGAAUUGACGAGGGCCGCAAAUAUCUUGUACUCGAUAUCUUGGGAAAGGGUACGUUCGGUCAAGUUGUAAAAUGUCAAGAUUUGAAAACACAGCGGAUCGUUGCAAUUAAAGUGAUAAAAAAUAAACCCGCUUUUUACAACCAAUGUAUUAUGGAAGUUUCUAUCCUUGAACUUUUAAACACUAAAUGGGAUCCUGAUGAUACGAAGCACAUUCUUCGCCUUUAUGACCAAUUCAUGCACAAGAAUCAUUUAUGUCUAAUAUUUGAACUACUGAAUGUCAACUUGUACGAAUUAAUAAAGCAGAACCACUUUCGUGGGCUGCACUUGAACUUGGUUCGGUCGUUCGCGUCACAGCUUUUAACGUGUGCGUCUGUACUGAAGCAAGCACGAAUUAUUCAUUGUGAUUUAAAGCCUGAGAAUAUAUUGCUCGAAGAUCUGUCCUCGCCUAAAAUUAAGGUAAUUGAUUUUGGAAGUGCAUGCCAUGAGCGGCAAACGGUAUACACUUACAUUCAAUCACGUUUUUAUCGAAGUCCAGAAGUUAUACUUGGUCUGCAUUAUAACUGCAGUAUAGAUAUCUGGUCCAUUGGAUGUAUCUUAGCUGAACUUUUUUUGGGACUCCCAUUGUUUCCUGGAAAUUCCGAAUAUAACCAGUUGACACGUAUAAUUGAUAUGCUUGGUUACCCACCACAGUGGAUGUUGGAAAUGGGAAAAAAUACACGCAAGUACUUCAAUUGCGAGUUAGCGAAUGGUAAAAAGGUGUACCAGUUAAAGUCGCUUUCACAGUUCUCGCGUGAAAAUGACACCAACGAGCAGCCAGGAAAACAGUAUUUUCGUGAGAAGACGCUUGAGGACUUGAUCAUGAACUACAGCCGACGGAAAGGGCAACAACUUUCUCCAGAAGAAGAGGAAGAACGGAUGUGCUUUAUAGACUUUUUGAAAGGAUUUUUGAAUUUGAAUCAACUCAAACGUUGGACUCCUGAUCAAGCAAAACAGCAUCCUUUUAUUACACAGGAGAGUUUUAUGAAUUAUUACAUGAAACGGCAUGGUUCGUAUGUUGCACCUCCGACCCGGGUUCAACGUACUCGUUCACACACUAUUGGCAAUCAAUCUAUGGUUCCACCGACACUUCAACGCGCAAAUGCUUAUGUUACACCUGAUCCAGCAAAUGUUCCACACACGCUCCCUCAAUAUAUACCACCUCCUUCGGAUUCUGGCGAGAGCGAUUCUAAGCCAAAUAGCGAUAGUACCCAAACGUAAAACAGUCUCACUGGAGUGCAAAAGGAACCAAACAUUUAUAACUAUGCACAAAGUGGCUUUUGGAUAUGAGCUCUGAAGGUAAAUGACACCCUUUUAGAUUCCCUUUCGUUCUUUUCUCAACGAAGAAAUAAUGAAGGGAACGACUAUGUACUGUGUAGAGGUUGCUCGUACGUGAAGUUUUUCGUUCACUAUGUCCUUGCAAAUCAAGGAUAUUAAAAGUAUGUUGCACUUUAUUUCAUCGUUUUUAUUUUCAUAUUUUAUCUCCCUGCUUUAUCCAAAUUGGGCUGUUCCGCGUGUUAUUUUAAUGUCGCUCUAUCCUGUAAAUCUUCGGCACCAUUUAAAGAAACCUCUAUCUAUUUUGUUCGUCAUCAUCAACUUGCUAGAAUGGAGAGGUUGUUUUUUUACGACCAUAUUAUAAAGAAAAGGGUAUUAACUACCACUAAUUUAUAAAUUGUGAUGUUUUCAGUAUCUGUUUAAUUUAUAUAUCGUA